AUGCGCCCUUAUCGCAUCAAUUUCACUCCUACGCUAACUGGCAAUCAAACGAUGGCGUCGUUGAUUAGUUCCUUGUUCCAAAGGGAUCCGAAGCACCAGUUCCCCUACGACUUGACGCGGAAAUCUAUCGCCACCAUCUCGAACGUCGAUAUCGCACCUAGUUGCAAAAAGGCUGAGCCGGAAGAAAAAGCCACGCUGUUCUCGGCUGAACAAGCCACGGAAGCUGGAAGGACGUUGAAGCUUCAAAUUCAGAAGCUGAAAACUAUGAGACACCCGGGAAUUUUGACGUAUUUGGAAAGCACUGAGCUAGACGGUACGGUCUAUUUGAUCACGGAGCCAUGUCUGCCGCUCAAUCUUUACAUCGAAGAGAAUUCGUUCACCGAAGAACAGUUGUUGUUUGGCACGUGCUGGGGCAUCUACCAAGUGUUGAACACGCUGAAGUUUUUGCACGAGGCGAAUGUUUCUCACGAGCGUCUCUCCGACAGUAUUUACGUGACACCUGCCGGAGACUGGAAAUUGGCUAAUCUGGAUAAAACUGCUGCGUUCAGCACGGCAAAUACGGACCUGCGCCAGCUUGGAUUCGUCGUUUGGCAGAUUUUCAACGGGUUUCGUGAAUUCCCUCAUAAACCACCUCCUCCUGGAAAGAUCCCGACAAGGCUCCAGGAUUUCUACAAGAGAGUUGCUUCACCGACAGCUUCGCGCCUCAAUGCUGCAGAACUCAUUUUUGGUGGCGGUCUAUGCAAAAAUCGCUUUGUCGAUACGCUGUUGUUCCUUGAGGAGUUCCAGCUUAAGGAAGCCCACGAGAAACAAGCCUUCUUCGCCAACCUUCGCGACCACCUCGGGAUUUUCCCGGAUGGCGUUUCCAAGUACAAGAUUCUUCCGAAAUUGUUGCUGUCGUACGAAUUUGGAGACGCGGGCCCAAGCAUCCUGAUACCACUCUUCAAACUUAGUCAUCUGCUAGAUGAGCAAGAAUAUCAACGGAAGAUUGUCCCUUGCUUGGUGAAGCUAUUCAGUUCGCCCGAUCGCGCGACUCGUGUCAAGCUGCUAGAGAGUAUUGACGAAUUUGCCACACACUUGACGCCUCAAAUUGUCAAUGAGAAAAUCUUUAGCAACCUGGCCACUGGUUUUUCGGAUACAUCUCCUGCUGUGCGUGAAAGCACUGUUAAGGCGAUGGUUUCGUUAGCCGAGAAGUUAAAUGUUCACAACCUGAAUAACGAAUUGAUGAAGCAUUUGGCUCGCUUGCAAGGCACGGACGAACAAGGCGGCAUUCGGACCAACACAACAAUUUGCCUUGGAAAGAUUGGCUGUUUCUUGGAGCCUGCUAAUCGGCAAAAGAUUUUGAUCGGCGCUUUUACUAGGGGUAUGAAAGAUCCUUUCCCACCAGCUCGUAUCGCCGCUGUUUUGGCUCUUUCGGCAACCCAGCAAUUUUAUUCAUUGGUUGAGGUCGCGAAUAGAAUUGUUCCUGCCCUUGGUCCACUCACCUGUGAUCCUGAAAAACAAGUUCGCGAUCAAGCUUUCAAGGCCCUGAAAGGGUUUCUUGAUAACCUGGAAAAAGCCAGCGAGAAUCCGGAAAUUAUCCCAGAACUUGAAGCUCAGGUCAAGGCCGGUGGAAAAGGAAUUUUUGGAUCGGACAAGGUUCCUCAAUGGGCGUCGUGGGCACUGAAAUCGCUUUCCGGAAAGAUUUACAAAGGAACUCUGCCUUCGGAGACCGUUGUCAAGAAGGAAGGCGAAGUUGCCGGCAAGAAAGAUGAUGCCCUGCCACACAGGCAAAAUCCAGUUUCAAGCGCGCCUGAAGCCCCUGCUGCACCAUAUCCAAAUUACUUCCCGACGACUUCCGGCUCAGCCGAAUCGCAAGGCUGGGACGUUUCUGCGGAUGAUGACAUCGUAGCCGAUGACGACGAUUGGGGACUGGGGUUCGAUGUCGAGCCUAAACCGGCCGCGCCGAUUCCUGCGGCAGUCAAAGGCCUAAAGCCAAAGCCCGCUGGAGGUGGCCUCAAACUGAACGCCAAGGUGCAGCCGAAGACAUCUAAAAAUGAUGACCUGGAUGUUUUGCUUGGGAUCAGCGAUGAGAAGAAGGGCUCUGUCAAUUCGGAUGAUGGUUGGGGUCUGACUGAUGAUUACGCCAAACAAGACCCGGGCACGAAAUCUGACGACUGGGGCGGCUGGGACUCUGCCGUGCCGUCACAGCCUGCUGUUAAUUCGACCGGGAAAUCUCGUGAAGAGCGUCGGGCGGAGCUUGCUGCGAGGAAUGAGGCAAGGAAAAAGGAAUUGGCGGCGAAGAAGGCACAGCGAACCAGCGGCAUUACCAAGGCUGCGGCCCCCGCCAAAAAGGAUAGUGACGCCUGGGAGGACUUC